CAAUUUUCAGCUCAAAAAAAAAUGUGCGAUGAAUAUUUCAAAUGGCGUAACAAUACUGUACGGGUCGCCGGAAUCGUGUUCUCCAUGAUUUUUGUAUCGGUUUUCUUUAUCUACAUGUGCCUUGUCGGUAUGGCAAAAAAACGGCGAUUAGCUGCACAAGCACCGAUAUUCGAUUUCGACGAAGGAAAUACAGAUAUUCUGCGAAAAACCUCGGAGUUACCGGAUCUUCAGCCCCCGCCUGCAUAUGACGUGCUCCAAGAGCCACCUCCACCAACUUAUAGCUCUUUGUUAAGGAGUCAGUGAUCUCAAUUUUUGAAAAAAAUGAUUUUUUCAAAUGUAUGUAAUAAACUAAUAUUGAGA